AUGUCUGGCAUUGAAGUUAUAGAAUCGAAAGUGGUACCAAAGUUACCCAUCGUACUGGAAAGUAAAGAAAAUGGAACAGAAGAAACAGUGGUUAUAGUGGAGGAGGCUAGCUCUCCCAAAACUUUAACGAAUUACCAAAAACAUUUUAAAAUUAUUAAAUUUAUAUUAAAUAGUGUCUCCGGUAAAGAUAAAAUUGUUAAACUACUUAAAUGUAUACUUGAAAUUUUACGAAGUUUUAAACUCAUUAAUGGUCCCUUUUUCCAAGCUGUUGCAUUCCAACUGAAUUUAUUUAGAUAUUUAUUAAGAUUUGGUUACACACCAAUUAGGCUCGUCGAACUGUUUCAAAAUUUGAAAGAUAAACAGUUAAUCUACAAUGAAAAUUUUCUACAGAAGGUUAUUGAUCUAUAUUAUGGUAUCUUCGAUGAAUUGGACUUAUUGAACAAAUUGAAGAUAAUAAGAUGCAGUCCACGACUCGCCCACUGGAUUGAUAAACAUGAAACUAUCUCAUGGGAAAUGGAUAUCUUACUAAAUUUGAAACAAGACUUACAAAGAUAUGAUAAUCACAGCAAUAUAUUGUUAAAACUCGAUAUCUUAAGAUUGGUCUGCGAGCUUGUCACAAACACUUUCCCGACAAAUGGCACCUUCUAUACAAAGAAAAGUGGUCUCAUUCUUUCUCUAAUCUCGAGCAUUAGUGGAUUAUCUAAAUUCUACAUACAAACAUAUAAAGAUAUAUAA